UACGAUGCAGGAAACAGCGAGUGACAAAUAGCAGAAAAGAGCGCUAUUACCUAAGGCAAAGACCAACGAGAUGUCAUUUUUAUUUGACUGGAUCUACAGAGGGUUUAGUAGUGUUUUACAAUUCUUAGGUCUGUACAAAAAGAAUGGGAAGCUGGUUUUCCUGGGCUUGGACAAUGCUGGUAAAACAACACUGCUGCACAUGUUGAAAGAUGACCGACUUGGCCAACAUGUGCCCACACUGCAUCCAACUUCUGAGGAGCUGACAAUAGGUGGCAUGACAUUUACUACAUUUGAUCUGGGAGGACAUGUACAAGCUCGAAGAGUUUGGAAGAAUUACCUGCCGGCUGUGAAUGGAGUCGUCUUUCUUGUAGACUGUGCAGAUCAUGACAGACUCACAGAAUCCAAGACUGAACUCGAUGCUCUCCUAGCAGAUGAAACCAUAGUGAAUGUACCAGUGUUGGUGUUGGGUAAUAAAAUCGACCGUCCUGAGGCCAUCAGUGAAGGAGGACUGAGAGGAGCUUUUGCUCUUGAUGGUCAAGUUACUGGAAAGGGAAAUGUCUCUUUGAAGGAGCUGAACAUUCGACCGCUGGAGAUUUUUAUGUGCAGUGUGUUGAAAAAACAAGGCUAUGGUGAAGGUUUCAGAUGGUUAUCACAGUACAUUGACUGACAUGCAGGACUGAAGCUUAACCAGAAGGGAUUUCCUUGACACAUUUUCAUGAAACAUGACACUAAAUUUGUUUCUUUGCUAAGUGUCAAUCAGUCCAAAUUUCAAAUCCUACUAUUAAGAGCAUAUUCUUUUUAAUUCUUAAAGCAUUUAUUUGGGGUUUAAAGGUUUCUAUGCAAAGUUUUAAAAGUGGUUCAUGUUGUGUAUGAAUAAAUAUAAAUGUGAAGGUUAACUGAGUUGUCCAACUGCGUGGCAUGCUAAUUAGAUUACAUCAUACCUGAUUACAAUACAUGUGCAGCCACACAUUGUGCAAGAAAGUAGAUAUGUAGACAUCACUGUUGCAUUAUUAUUAUUUAAUAGACUAACUGCUUGAGUUGCAAUUUGUUAGGAAGUGAGUGAUAAAGACAUAAGAACUUAUGGUAAUUGUGGUGACUGGUUUAUUGCUUGUGUGACAUCACAAUGAGAUGGUUGGAUUUAAAUUUUAAAACAAUUAAUUAGACAAAUAACUACAUACAGAAGAUUAAGUUUCGUUCAUUUAAUGUCAUGGUAUGCAGCCACCGCCUUCAAAAUAUAUAGCCAAAGAUGUAUGCUAAUGACUUUGGGAUUAGCAGGGAGAGAGAUUGAACUUCAACAAAACAUUUCCUCCAGGCUGAGUACAGAGCCAAAAUAACAUUAAAUCCCCUUUAGAACCCCAAAAAAGCUGAAAAGACAGCACAUCCCACAGAUAAAAGCAAAGAUGAUGAAGUAAACUGAGUCAAACUGAACAGCUCACUGAUGACUGUGUUGUGAUGAAUGUGCUGCUCACUUUCAGUGUCUUGAUGGAAUUGGCUAUUUAAUUUUAGCUCUGACAGUUACAUCUCUUCUCAAAUCUGUUGACCCAAAGUGAUGUUACAUGUUGCGUUGAAGGCAGCUAAGUUUUAGUGUGCUAGUUGAGCUGAAACAAAAUAUUUAUUAUCUUUGACUUUGGUAUGUUCUGAAAGGAUUUUGAUAACUUUCAGUGGCUGCUUCUUGCUCUAUUAUAGCACAGAGGUAGCAGUAAUGCAUCGCUCUCGAAAUGUCAGGAAGCAAUAAUGAAGAAUGACCAACUGUACUGUAGCAGAGACAGUCUUACUCCACUACAUUUGAGAGCAGGAAAGAAUAUAUAUAGUUCUGAGUCUGUUUAUUGAAAUCUGUUUAUCUUUUAAAAAAGUAUUAACUAAGACUGUUUAAAAUACAGUGUCUCACAUGGAUUAAAGUCAGGUUUGAAGCGGCAAUAUUUUAAAUAGACUAAAAUUAGUGGAUAGUUUAUUUUUUUGUUAUUUAUUCCUUUAUUCUAGAGCUGAAGCAAUAUAUCGUCAUGUAAUCAGCAUGUAGGCUGUACAACAUUAACAGGGUUGAAGUGCUGCAGGUAAUGCACUUUUUGACUAUCUGAAAAGAUAUGAGAGUGUAACCUGCAAACAUUAAUAUGCAAACCUGUAAAUUAAUAUUCUAAUAUUAUUCUGGAUAUUUAAAUGUUGUUGUUCUUUGAGUCUGUGGAUGUAAACAUUUUUACAAUGGCUUGUAUGAAACUGUAUCCUCAUAACGAGAAGGUGGAAAUGGAUAAUGAGGAACAGAAGCAUGUGAUCAUUGUGAACAUCAUCCCAUGUUUACAGGAAGACAUUUUGAAUAUUCUGUUCUUCUCCUUUUGAACACUGUUCUGUAGCAGUAACUGAACUCCUGUAAAUUAUGUAUAAUACAGAUGUAAAUGUUUGUACAGUACAUGCACUUUAGCAGCAAAAAUUAACUUGAAUGACUAUUUUCAGCAAUUACAGUCUCUGCAAAUAGUUUCAACUUGAAUGACAACAUCCAAAUAUAAAGAUGAGAAGAUUGGUCCAUGUGAUGAGCUGUUGUAAUAAAAUCUGCCUUUUAUUGA